UAGUUUAUGCCUAAGAAUAUUUUGAUGAAUAUUUGUUAGCUUAAUUAGUGGCUUAAUUAAAGCAUGUAUUUUGUAUAUAUUAUCAUGGAAUGAAUGCAAUAGACACGGAAGAUAUUCCUUUCAUGGUAUCAGUUGUUUAGGGUUAUUCCGCUGCACCCUGACAUUUUUCCGCCCUCUUCUUCCUCUUCUUUCUUUUCUGUUCUGUGACAAUGGGGGAUUCAAAGACCUCGUAUCACCCCGCUCUCACUGUGAAUAACAUCAAGACCUCCAUUUCGGUAGUGCUUACUCUUGAAAACUCACAGUACUCUACUUGGGUGGAACUCUUUAAGAUUCACGCUCGUUCUCACCGGGUUCUACACCAUAUUAUCCCUCCCCUGACCACUGACAAGGUAACGGAAAAGCAUCCUCUUACUGACGAAGAACAGGAAUGGUGGUCUACAUUGGAUGCUGCAGUAAUCUCGUGGAUUUACUCCACUAUUUCUGGUGAUCUCUUGGAGACCAUUAUAGAACCCGAUGCUACGGCAAUGGCGGCUUGGAAUAGGUUGCGUGAUAUAUUCCAAGAUAAUCAAAACUCUCGUGCCGUAACUCUAGAACAAGAUUUUUCCUCUACAAAAAUGGAGGAUUUUCCAAAUGCAUCGGCGUACUGUCAAAGACUCAAGGGUCUUUCCGAUCAAUUGCGGAAUGUUGGAGCUCCGGUGGACAAUAAUCGACUUGUUCUCCAAUUGGUUUCGGGCCUCACCGAACCGUAUAAUGGUGUUGCUACCCUUAUCCGUCAAAGCUCUCCUCUCCCACAAUUUUACCAAGCCCGUUCAAUGAUUACCUUGGAGGAAGCGAGCUUGACAAAACGUGCAGCAAUGACUUCUAAUUCUGUUUCAGGUUUGGUGGCGACCUUUCGUGAUGAUGACUCGGGUUCAGAUAGCUGGGGUAAUACUCGCGCGAAAAACAAAAAUCAUAAAAAGAAUUCUGAAAAAAAAAUGCAGAACAGGGGAAGUGGUCGUGGUCCUGCCGCAGCCAAUGGUCAGAAUUCCGGAGCAAGGGGUGGUGCAGGCCGUGGUGGCGGUCUGCAAAAGCAAAGGGGCGUGGCUCCGUUGUGGCAGCAGCAAGCUUACCCACCUUGGGGUUGGCCGUGGGCUACUCCCCCUUGCCCAUUUCCAACACAAGGCUGGGCUAGAUCUCAAGGCCCAACAAGAGCACAGCAAGGGGUUCUUGGUCCACGACCCCAACAACAAGCAUACGCAGCGUCUCAGUCUCCUUCCUAUGUUCCAACAGAUUUGGAGUCGGCUUUUCACACCAUGUCUCUACAGCAGCCCGAUCCAUCGUGGUACAUGGAUACCGGCGCCACUUCUCAUAUGACAUCCACCAACGGACUAUCGGACGGGGAUGCCCAUAAUGAGAUGUGAUAGCAAAGGGGACCUUUAUCCGCUCACUACCAAUUUUUCUCGCUCUUCUCAAUCAACCUUUACGGCGUUAGCUUCUCCUUUUUGGCAUGCUCGACUGGGACAUCCAGGACCUUCUAUUUUAAAGACUCUUAGUAAC